AUGUUAUUUAAUCUCGGCUUCACCGCGGACGCAGCCGCAGCCCAUCGACACGAAUUUUCGCAACCCGAGGCUGUAGAAGAAGCACAAGCGGAGAAGAAAUUGGGCCCUGCUCCUCCCCUCUCUGCCAAAUCCUCCCACCAUAGUAUCGUGUAUUCGUCGAGCGACGAGGGAGAUGCCAAUAAUGACAGUGUUACAACCCCAACGAGCACUGUACGGCGUCCCGCGGCCGUUCGUAAACGCUCUGCUCGCCCCAAAACAGUCUUCCAGUUUGCGCAUCCAGUGGCGACGAGCCAUCGCCGACUAACAUUGCGCCCAAAGCUUCUUCUUCAACUGCAUGAGAGCAGUCAGAUGUCGCGACCAUUCCCUAAAUAUGACGUUCUCCCAGCCGCCGUAGCGCCCCGGCUAGCGUGCAAAUUUCCCAAGCUGUUCGCCAGCUUGCGGGGGCUGGGUCCCCGCGAUCUUGUUAUUGUCACGAGCGACAUGUAUGAGCAGCAUGGGCUGGGCGAUGACGACCGUAGCAUCUCAUCAGAGGACUCGUCUGCCGACCAGCGAGAGGUUGUCGCGACGAUUUGCGUUUGCCAACCGUUCACCAAAGACGACCCACCACGCUCGUGCAAGGUCGAGAUUGUGUCCAGCUUGGGCGUGUCGUGGGAAGGCUCGCCGCUGCCCAACGGAUCGUACGAACUGGUGUGUAAAGGAGACCAGCAGCGCCGAAAGGUCCGAUGGGUUGCUCGGGACAGGGGAACCCGUCGGGUCUCCAGCAUAUCUUCUGCCGGCGACAACUACAAUAGCAGCGACUUUCAGAAACGCUUCACGUUCAGCGUCCUCGACCCCAACUCGCGCCGCCAUCCCGUCCUUGCAUCCAUGACCCGAAAUGGAAUCGACGUUUUUGAGCAGUAUUCGUAUCCUCCAGCCCCGUCUUCCAGCGACGACGCAGGCUCCCCGCCACCGCCAAAUUCGGCUACCGGAGAAUCACGACGGGAGUUGAUCAACCUAGAAGAAGAGCUGCGAGUGCUUAUUGUGACCAGCGGUAUCUGGAUCGCCUUUGUGGAGGGGUGGGCCAAGAAUCCCACUACAUUAUCAGAUAUUGGCCCCUUGAACGACGCGAACGCCCCAGCGCGGUCUGGCAAGUCCAAGAAGAGACAUAGCAUGGCUGCGGAAACCCACGAUCAGAAAUGGACAACCCUUGACAAAAAGGCUGAGCCUGGCGAGGAAGACAACGGCGAACGACCACAUGAGGACGACCCCAAAAUGAAGGGUAAGUCGUGGCGCCGAUUUAGCUCCAUUUUUGGGCGAAGAAAGCGCUAG